AUGGAGAAUGAUCUUGCGAAUUUUCAAACCUCCUCUGCCAAUUCUAAUCUUCUCCUCAACACAGAUAAAUGUAAGACACUUCGAAUUACUAGAAAACGCAACAAAAUCGAUCAUACUUACAAGUUGCAAGAUUCCGCUCUGAAAACCACAGAUUGCGAACGUGACCUUGGCGUCUGGACCUCCACCCUCACAUGGUCGAAACAAGUCCUCCACCAGUGCGCCCAAGCCAACAAAUCCCUCGGGUAUAUUCGACGGUUCACGAUCAAAAUCAAGACCAUCUCUGUUCGUCGGACUCUAUAUCUUACCCUCGUUCGUUCCCACCUCGCAUACGCGUCCCACGUUUGGGCUCCACAAACUGUUGACCUCAUUAAGCGUACAGAACGCGUUCAACGACGUGCGUCGAAGUACUUAUUGAACCUACCGUUCUUCUGUGACAUCAACUAUAACCAUCGUCUCUCAACAUUAAAUCUACUACCUCUGUGUUACUGGCACGAGUACGGCUAGACAUAUUGUUCCUUUUCAAAUCACACCAUGACAUUAUUAACCUAAGCAGCGACAUACUACCACACCCUCAAAAUUCAAGUCAACGUACCCAAUCUACAAACCCUAACUGCCUACAAUUUCAGACUUCAGCAUGCAAAACAUCUACCUAUCAAAAAUCAUACCUAAUAAGGACUACUAGAGUCUGGAACACACUGCCAAUGGAUUUAACUAUUAAUAGCAUGGCAACUUUAAAGGACUUUAAAAAUAAGUUAUUAAUCUAUUAUAAAACAGCACUAGAUAAAUGUUAUGACGUUGACGAUCCACGAACAUGGAAAUCGGUUUGCUUAAAAUGCAACCAAGCUCGCGACCUGACAAGGCCGAUAACGUGUUGUUUUUAGAUUUAGUUUUCAGAAGUACCUUUUCACAUUGGUAUCUAUGAGGCCUAUUCAGGUUUUGCUGAAGGUUUAGGAUUGUGAGGGUUUCAAACGUCCUCUGACUCAGUCAGCUUCCAAAAAUGGAAGUGGUUCUGCGGGUCGCAAUGUGAAAAGUUGCAUCUGAUAGUUCGUUAGUAAUUGAUUCUUUCUAUGUACGUAUAUAGUGUAUUUGUCUAACAUUUAGGGAUCGCAGUAAUUGGCGCAAGCUGUUGCGAUUGCCCUGCCAGUUUUUUGUGUUAACGUUGUUUAAAUCUGGCAAAGUUAAUAAAUAAAUAAAUAAAAUAAAUAAACAAAAGUUACGCAACUGCCGUUUCUAUGGCAACAAUGACGUUUCAAGAUGGCGGAUAUUUUGGCUUUAAAGUAAUUUAACUCGUAAACGACAUCGGUGACCCCCAAAUUUUAUUUAAAAAAUUAUUUCUUUUAGUAUAAUCAAUUAUUUUGAACAAUUUAAAAAAAAUUCUGUGUAGCCGAAAUUUUUUAAAUUACGUAAAAGUGAUUAUUCAUAAUUUUUUUUUGGCUCCACAGAAUUUUUUUAAAUUGCCAAAAUAAUUGAUUAUACUAAGAGAAAUCAUUUUCUUAAUUAGAAUUUGGGGGUCACCGAUGUCGUUUACGAGUUAAAUUACUUUAAAGCCAAAAUAUCCGCCAUCUUGAAACGUCAUUGUUACAUAGAAAUAAUAGAUAUAGAAUGCGUACUUGAUCACGAAUCAUGUCUCCACUUCUUCUCAUGCGUGCCCUUAUAAAUCCGCCAUGUUUGAAUUUGACUAGGAGUGCAAACUACAAAGUAUAAACAAAGCUAAAACUACGUUUUCAUCGUCAAAACGUUUAUCUUGUUGUCUAAUUUGUAGUUUGGGGAUAGAUUUUGAGUUUUUUGAAGGCACAAACUGUCAAAGCAAAUGUGCAGUUACAAAAACGGUGAAAAUCGUGCAGCCUUGUAAACAAAGUAUUUUCGCCGGUUUCUCGAAAUUUACUCAUAAAACAUUUUUGCAUGCUUUGAACGUCACUAUACUAUCACUGCUUUGCUAAUAUCUUAUAAGAUUACAAAAUGAUAGUUCUUUCUUCGUUGGGUUUCGUUUUUCUUCGAUGUAAACGAAGGUUUUUUAUUUUUUUGAAACAAAAAUAUUUAGUUGUCGAUAGACUGUAAAUUGUCUAAAUAAUCGUCGAAAACUAUGGUUUCAAAAGCGUUGCCUCAAGCUCAAGCAACACAGAAACAUAUUAAAAGUAAUUGUGUAAGUUUAAAAAGAUUACUGAACUUCAUUUAUAUUAUAUUAUAUUAUAUUAUAUUAUAAAAAAGUUGAAAUAUUUAUAGAACAUACCUAUUGAGUUUGAGUUUGUCUUGAUCUUUCGGGUUUUGUUUUGGCUUGCACAACAACGUUGAAAAUUUAUUUUUAAACGAUGAUUUCUGUAUAUAUUCUGUUCAGAACUGUUGUUUUCCUAAAAAAGCCCACUUUUCACUUUUUUUUUCCCAUUUUAAGUCUCGAUAUAAAAAUUUUUGCAAACUUUGCAUUUGAAAAAACAAUUUAUUAUAUAAACAUAAGUGUUAUAUAGAGUUUUUGGCCACUGAGAAAAUUCGUAUUUAAACACACGUAAAAAAUACGAUAUUUUUACGUGUGAAAAUAUCACUUGUUGUAAAACGCAUUGCCACGGACGUUUUAUUGUUUUUCACUGAACUUUGUUUAUAUAAUAAACAGAAAAAUACAUGGUGCUUGGAAAUACCAGAUUUAUUUCUCGUGUUGAACAUGAUAUCUCACUCGUUCGCUGCGCUCACUCGUGAGAUAUCAUGUUCAACACUCGAAAUAAAUCUGGUAUUUCCGCGCACCCAUGUAUUAUUCUCUAUUUGCACUCUCUGCAACCGCGCGAAAUUCCCACUGAAAUUCCCUGCCGCCUGGGAGUCUGGGAACCAAAAUGCCCUUAUAAAUCCGCCAUUUUGUGGAGACAAAUGUUUCACUGAGAAAAGAUAGGAGUACGCAUUCUAUAUCUAUUAUUUCUAUGCAUUGUUACCAUAGGAAAGGCAGUUGCGUAACGUUUAUGCAAAAAUCCAAACUCUUUAGAUGUUGUUUUGUAUAAGUAAGGUACUUUUUGUUUAUCUACAAGUAAUAAUUGUCCAAAAAUACGUGAAUUUUUCAUUUUUUUAAAAACUGAAUUGAGCCACCUUAAGGUUAAGGUGGACAGAGUGUUAUAACUACGUAUACAGGCUCUUGUAUUUCCAGGUGAGCAAGAAACUCCCAGCAUGCCGCACACUAUGUGACAAGGUAUUUGGCAGUGGUGAUGUCUUCAUGGAGAAGUUCAUCCAGACAGCGAGACAUAUUGAGGUACAAGUGUUUGGCGAUGGCAAAGGCAAUGUUGUCCAUCUUGGCGAGAGAGAAUGCUCAAUUCAACGCAGGUACCAAAAGCUUAUCGAAGAGUGUCCUUCUCCAGCGCUUACAGAGGAGCAGCGUGACCAAGUGUGCGAGAUGGCAGUGCGCCUUUGCAAGUCAGUGAACUACCAAUCAGUCGGAACCGUCGAGUUUUUGUUUGAUGAUGUUCAGAAGCAGUUCUAUUUCCUCGAGGUCAACACUCGUCUGCAGGUAGAACACAGAGUAACCGAGCUUCGUUUGGGAAUUGAUUUAGUAGAGUUGAUGAUACGACAGGCCUACGAGGGAGUUGAUUUAACACAAAUGUCAGUUCAACCACAAGGGCAUGUGAUUGAGUGUCGCAUUAAUGCUGAGGAUCCUUCGAAGAACUUCACGCCAACAGCCGGGGUAGUUACCAAGGUCACGUUAUCGGAGGAAAGCGAGGGAUCAAAAGGAUGUCUGGUAGACACCUGGAUACGUCGUGGUAACAUAGUAACACCGAACUAUGACUCAUUGCUGGCGAAUAUUAUCCAAUGGGCACCCACUCGAGAACAAGCAAUACAAGCGAUGCUCAAUACAUUGAACACUACAAUUAUCGCUGGCCCUCCAAACAACCUUGGCUAUUUCAGGGAAUUUCUUAAGACGGAUCAGUUUGUCAAAGGAGAAACUUACACAAACAGCCUUGAGUGGUUUACAUACAGCCCCGCCUGCGUCGAGGUAAUCAGUCCAGGGUUAUUUACAACGAUACAAGACUGGCCUGGACGACAGGAUAGAGGGUUAUGGCGUAUUGGAGUCCCACCGAGUGGUCCAAUGGAUCAUCUAGCUAGCAGAGUGGCCAAUAGUCUUGUGAAUAACAAAGAGACGGACGCCGUGUUUGAAAUAACGCAAUGUGGUCCAACCUUAAAAUUUCACCUGGAUACAACCGUGGCUAUAACUGGAGCUUCGAUGGAGGUUGUCCUCGAUGGUCUGCUAAUCCAAAUGUGGCAGAGAGUCCUGGUUAAUGCUGGUAGUGUAUUAAAAAUUGGAAACCUCAGCAAUGACCUUGGGUCGCGAACCUAUCUUGCUGUUGCAGGUGGGUUAAACCUCCCGAAGUAUCUUGGAAGCCGGGCAACGUUUCCCAACGGUAAUUUUGGAGGAUAUCAAGGCAGGGCAUUGAAGGCUGGUGACAUGAUCCCUACUGGAGAUCCUGAAAACAAGACAGGGUAUGGUAUCUCGAACGAAACACUUCACAGGGGCGUUAGUGGGAUGGGAAGAAAGGAACUUGUGGAUAGCUUAAAUCCAGAGAGACCAUUUGAAAGUCUGAACAGAGAAACUCUCCGUAACAAUGAAGUCACUGACGACGUAGCAAUACCAGAAGAUGGAGUUAGCAGCAAUUCCUUUGUUCCCCAUAUCCUCCAGAAAAACGACCAACCAUUCAACCCUUUGCAUAUCACUGAACAGUACGGCACAAACUGGUCUAUUGGAGUUCUUCCUGGUCCACACGCCAAUCCCGAAUACUUAACUGAUGAAGACAUGGACAUGUUCUACGCGACACCAUGGCGAGUUCAUCAGAACUCCAACCGCUUGGGAAUUAGGCUAUCCGGUCCAGCCCCCAAAUGGGCGCGACAUAACGGCGGAGAAGGUGGGAGUCAUCCAUCAAACAUCCAUGAUUGUGAGUACGCAGUUGGUACGAUCAAUUUCACUGGCAAUAUGCCGAUAAUCAUAGGUCAGGAUGGACCAAGUCUUGGCGGGUUUGUCUGUCCGUGUACCAUUGUCCAGUCAGAGCUCUGGAAGAUUGGUCAAGUGAAAGCUGGGGAUACCAUCAGGUUCUGCAAGAUGACUAUAGAAGAAGCUAUCAAAUCAAGGCGAGAACAGAACGAGUUUAUUAAAACUUUACAAUGCUCUCACAAACUACCUGACAACUUUGGCGCAGAAUCCUACCCUGAAACGAAGCCAGUGCUACGUGUUAUUCCUGAGUUAGACACGCGCCCCCGAUUAGAGAUUCGCUUGGCUGGAGAUUCCUACAUCUUAAUCGAGUAUGGUCCAAUGGUUCUGGAUCUUAAUCUCCGGUUCCGCGUCCAUUUUUUGGAGGAAAAACUCCUAAGGAGUAACAUCACAGGUUUAGAAGAAACCGCUCCUGGUGUCCGAUCCCUUCAGCUGCGCUACAAUCCACUGGUUCUUCCGUUGUCGAUAUUACUCGAGAUUGUCACAAAAGCAGAUAAAGAGCUGCGAGAUAUUUCCGACCGUACGGUCCCAACGCGAAUUCUGGAUUUGCCAAUGUGUUUUAACUACAGUGGUGUAAACGAGGCGAUCGAGAAAUACAUCAAAUCAGUGCGCGCGCAUGCACCAUAUCUCCCGUCAAAUAUCGAGUAUGUUUUCAAAAAUAACGGGUUACGAGGAAUCGAUGCCGUCAAAGAGAGAGUAUUUUCCGCAUCGUACAUGUGUAUCGGCCUGGGAGAUGUCUACCUGGGAGCCUGCUGUGCCGUUCCAGUCAACCCCCUACAUCGUCUGGUAACCUCAAAGUACAACCCAGCCCGAACGUACACCCAGGAAGGUACAGUAGGUCUAGGGGGGUCCUACAUGUGUAUCUACCCAAUGAAUAGUCCAGGUGGCUAUCAGCUAAUAGGUCGCACCCUUCCGAUUUGGGAUACGUUUGGAAAUAGCAAUCCGAAGCUGUUCAGCGAAGGGAAACCGUGGAUGUUGCAGAUGUUCGAUCAGAUUCGUUUCUUUCCUGUUUCGGAGACACAGUUGGAUGCCAUGCGAUCGAAGUUUAAGUGUGGAACACUGGACCUUCAGAUUGAGGAGCAAGUGUUCAGUAUCGCCGAGUACAACAGGUUUGUGAUCAAUACUUUAUAUUGUUAUUACCAGUGCCCAUGUUCCCCCUAACACGAGAGCGGAGCCAGACAUUCGUUUGUCAAAUCUUGCGUUAAUUAUAUGACAUUUUAUAGAAAUCUUUGAUUUGUGAAAUCGCCCCCACAAUAUGUAUUCGAUUCUUAGAUGCUGCCCUAAUAGAUAUUAAGGCCAUGUUACACUGCAUGUUAUCCAAAAAGUAUAGUCGCAAUUAGGAGACUGUGCGCAUGACUCCGCCGACACUUUCUUUACAUUGUGUGGUGCCAGUUUCCACAUUUCGAAAUAGGAUUCGAAAGUCAUGUUAUAGGUGAUUUUUGCUUCAAGUGAACUUUGAAUAUACCUUAACUUCGACAAGUUAAUUUUAAGAAAAGGUUUCAUGCAGAAGCGUUCCGUAGAAUCUAUUAUAUCUCAUACACCGUAUAAAGAUUUGGGUUGCGGCACAGAGUACAGAGGUCCAACGCAUGGGACGAGUGCCUCCCGUAAGCCCACAGGCUAGGACCAUGGCAACAGCAUUGUGAUAGGGAAUCAUGGCGUGGCGGCGGUUACGAGGUUUUGGCUAAGUCGGACCUCUAUUUAUAUAAUAACCACAGUGAAACACGCAAUUUGAUUGGUCAAUAGCCGUGCAGGAUCAGACUUUAUAUAAUAACUACAGUGAAACACGCAAUUUGAUUGGUCAACAGCCGUGCAGGAUCAGACAAUCCUGCACGGGAAAUUCUGAACAGAAAUUCUUGCACAUAAUUUUACAAAUAUACUCGCAUUGUAAAGUUUCAUUUUUCACCUUUCGACUUUGAAGUAAGUUUGCAAUUAUUGAGACGUUGGUUUAGUUGUAUGAAUAAAUUUCUGAUCGAUACAUUGCUGUUCAGCAAGUAGCAAGGCGUAGCGUUGAAAUUCAUCAGACCAUGGCAGCCUAGACCUAGGCCUUCUAUUUUUAUUUAUAUAUUUUUAAUAUUCAGCGCUUUUUCACAUGAAAAGACUGGGACUAGGUAAUUUGGGGGCGAGGCGGAGGAAGGACACAAGCCUGACGCAAGCGAAAAAAUAGAAGGCCUAGUGGAUUUCCCAACAACAAGGCCAAAACUGCCCUGAAACUGCCCUGAUUGCGAAAUGCCGAAUUGUUGCGUUCUCAAACAGAAUUAUUUGCAACUUAACAGCGAAUUUAAACCGAUACAGGUAAAAUAAACUCAUUUAUAGUAUAAACUUACUAUUUUUAUUUGUAUACACGUCUAGAAAAUCGGGUUUUUAUCAUAAAGUUUGAAACAACACUAUUUAUAUAUGUUGACAAGGUGUAGCGAAACGGCACAAAAUAAUAAUUCUUUUAUUCGCAAGACAAUCUACUGUUUUGCUUUGAAUAACUAUAUUUGCGAAUUGGGAAUGAGGAAUUUGAAAUUAGUGUUCAAAUAUUGCAGAUAUACCAUUUGUAUAAACAAUGUACGUUUUUAUAUACAGUACUGUACGGGCUAAUAAUAUAUGUAUCCGUUUUAUUUUGUAUGAUAUUUUACAAACACAAGACUGCUUCUUGCCAAAAUUGAGAAAAUACAUAUUAAUGUACUUGUGUAUAAGACAAAAUUUCAUGAAAGAUUCUACUUUUGGUAUAUAUUUUGACUCAUUUUGUUCUUUCGCUACACCUUGUCAACAUAUUAAAUAAUAGUGUUGCUUCGAACUUUAUGCCGAUAAAAAACCGAUUUUCAAUAAAAAAACGAUUUUUCGAUACAAAUAAAAAUAGUAAGUUUAUACUAUAAAUGAGUUACUAUAUAUUUUACCUGUAUCGGUUUAAAUUCGCCGUUAAGUUGCAAAUAAUUCUGUUUGAGAACGCAAUAAUUGGGCAUUUCGCAACCAGGGCAGUUUCAGGGCAGUUUUGGCCUUGUUGUUGGGAAAUCCACUAGGCCUUCUAGGCUUGCUUCCUCCGCCCCGUCCCCAAAUCACCUAGUCCCAGUCUUUUCAUGUGAAAAAGCGCUGAAUAUUAAAAAAUAUAAAUAAGACUAGAAGGCCUAGGUCUAGGCUGAGACCAUGGCAAGUACAAGUGUACAACAUCUCUCGCUUCAAAGUUCAAACGCUUCGCAAUCUUCAAGUAUUCAGGUGGAGAAUCUUCAUAACUACUUUGGCUUUCUGUUUAGCUGGUUUUCCAUUUCAAAUUUCGUAUAUUUUAUAGAAAGACUCUGUAUUUUCGCUGUAUAUUUUCGCGAAUUUGCGAUCAAAUUCUGUUCAAAUUUGUUGUUGUUUUCAAUAGCGUGGAGUAGCGACUCUCCGAUUGGUUAAUUCACGAUUGUUGUGAGAACUGCACAUUUCAUCAGUAAUUUUAAUCAAGUUAACCGUCGUUUCACUGUAGUAAUUUUAUAAAACAAUUACCAAAUGGUUUUCCCGUGCAGGAUAGCAUGAUCCAUGCACUUGGAUGGUGCUCGACUUUCGGAAAGCGUAAAAAUACACUCGCCUACGGCUCGUGUAUUUUCACGCUUUCCGAAAGUCUCGCAACAUCCCGCGUGCAUGGAUCACGCAAUCCUGCCCGGAAAACCAUUCGGUAUUCCUUUAAUCCUGCACGAGGAAUUAAAAUGCCUUCGCGGGAUUCUCAAAAUGUCAUUGUUUCACUGUAGUUAUUUUAUAAAACAAUUACCAAAUUGUUUCCAAGCAGGAUAGCGUGAUCCAUGCACUUGGGAUGUUGCUCGACUUUCGGAAAGCGUAAAAAUACACUCGCCUGCGGCUCUCGAGUAUUUUUACGCUUUCCAAAAGUCUCGCGACAUCCAUCGUGCAUGGAUCACGCAAUCCUGCACGGAAAACCAUUCCUUUAAUCGUGUAUAAUCUGUGCAGCAACCCUCACCCGCAUAUAUCGUCCCACGAUAGUAAAAGUUUUGUACACUUUUUAAAAGAAUUUUAUCACAAGAAUGUUGUUCGAGUAUCAAAGUUUUCUCUGUAAUAAUUUUCACAUCUAUAUUUUGGAUGCGAAGUAAGCAUGUUUCAGCAAAAUUCCUGCAGGGUCCGGUUGUAUGCAAGUCGGAUAGCAUUAUCCACCGGAUCACUAUAUAGUGAUUUUGCAACCGAUGUAAACAUUAUUAAAAAGUGACAAAACUACGGAUAUGGACCACGCAAUUAGUAAAACGAAACUUUAUCCCCGAGCCGACGGCGCGAAGCGCCGUGGGAGGGUACUAAUUCCCCCCGGCUAUUUACACCCGGGGAAACGAAAGCAUUAGCGAAGUCUAAAGUUAAUCAAUUAUCGCGGGCGUGGGUGACCAACGAUGGGUGGUCAUCCUCACUGAUCUCAAAAAUAUGGCGGACUGUCAUGAAUAGCGGCCACUGAUUGGUCCAAUUUAAAGUUUGCAUUAUAACGACUGCAUGACGACAGCGAAAUAGCAAACAUUUCUUGAUUUGAUGAUUGAUAAAUUUCUUGCAAAUAUAUUUCAUUUUUGCUCGCAUUUUUGCAAGAUUUUGUAAAUUUCAAAAGCUUUCUCAUAAUGAAAGGUAAAAGAAGGGAGCCGACGUUAACGAAGGUGAAUUUGUUUUAAAUAUUGAUUUUAUAAUGGAUUUAAAACCCGACGGCCUUUGCGUAAAACAACUAAACAAAACAGCAUAUAAUUUCAGUGUAUCUUUAAUAUUGAUUCCCUUUUUUAUUAUAUUGAAUUUUUAAAUAAAAAAGAAAGCAAAGUUAUUUGCAUGCGAGAAUUUGAAAUCAUUUUAUUGCAAACUCAAAGUUUAUCGAUAAAGCCAUUUAAUUUAUAAAGGCAGUUUAGUUUUAUAUUAAAGAACACUUUAAAACGUUUUGCGAAGCGUUUGAAUUUUACCUUAAAUCGAAGCUUAUAUUACGUAUAAUAACAUACCUAACAUAUAUACGUUGGGAAAUUGAUAAUUUUGUAAUUAAAAGUGAUAUUUUUUGGCGAUUUUUCAUUUGUAAGAAUAUUCUUAAAAAAUUAUCGUGUUACCAUGACAACUACUUUAGAUACUUCAUGUUCGGAAAAUACAAUGGUUUUGUCAGCAAGGCGAGGGUUUCUGCAUGCAUGUAUUUUCUAGUUUUAUAAAUACCGAAGUUUAAUUAAUCUAGGUUAUAACAAUAAAAGGACAAUUUUAGAAUGCAAGAAAAAAAUCACUACCCGGUGGUACAACCGGCCCCAGGGUUGAGGAUUUAUCCCAGCAUGAGCUCGACCUUUGAAUUUACUAAUGCAAUAAAUUCGCGACGCAUGUUGAACUCUAACCCUAAUCAAACCCUGACUCUAACCCUAAUCUAAUCUUAACCUGACCCUAAUCUAUAUAACCCUAAUAUAAACUUGACGGUCUUUUUUUAAAUUAUUAUACAACCGGCCCCCGAAGUGCAACCCUAGCUUUGGUCCUUACCGAGUUUUUCUUUUGGUUUUGUGAUAGGUUCGUGAAUGCAAUGUCGGACGAAAUUACGAGUUAUCGUGCUGCGCAAAUAAAAGCGGUCAACACAAUGUUAAAAGAGGAAGAGAAAAGCCUAAUGUUGCUAGCAACAGAUGACGAAUGGAACAAAGAGCUAACAACACCCACCCAUCAACCUCAGACCAUCAUCCCAGAAGGAUCGGUUGGUAUAUACUCCCCGGUGACAGGUAGAAUAUGGGGAAUAGCUGUGUCAAAGGGAGAAUUGGUGAAGGAACGCCAAAUAGUAGCCAGUGUCGAAGCAAUGAAGAUGGAGUGUUCAUGUUAUUGCCCUGUUUCAGGAACUGUCACUCGCAUUCUUGUAAUUGGCAGACAGCUUGUCCACCAGGGAGAUUUGAUCAUGAUUAUUAUUAAUGUAAUGGAAAGCGGAGAAGAUUGUUUAGACUGCUAG